AUGACAGCAGCAGAGGAAGCAAAUAAAAGUUUAGUUUAUUUCGAUUUAACAUGUGAUGGAAAACCAAAAGGUAGAGUUGUAUUUAAAUUAUAUGAUGAUAUAGUUCCAAAAACUACUAAAAAUUUCAGAUCAUUAUGUUCAGGAGAUCAAGGAAAUUCUAAAAUAUCAGGUAAACCAUUAACUUAUAAAAAUUCAAUAUUUCAUAGAGUUAUUAAAGAUUUUAUGUGUCAAGGUGGAGAUUUUACUCAUGGUACAGGAAUUGGUGGUGAAUCAGAUGAAAAUUUUGAUAAAUUACAUGAUAAACCUUUUUUGUUAUCAAUGGCUAAUGCAGGACCAAAUACUAAUGGAUCACAGUUUUUUAUUACAACAGUAGCAACUCCUCAUUUAGAUGGUAAACAUGUUGUAUUUGGAGAAUUAGUUCAAGGAAAAUCAAUAAUACGUCAAAUGGAAAGAAGUGAUAAAGAUUCAGGUGAUAAACCAUUAAAAGAAUGGAAAAUUGAAGAUUGUGGAGAAUUAUCAGCUGAUUAUGUAUUAAAUUCAAAUUCAGAUGAUGGAACUGGUGAUAAUUUUGAAGAAAUUUUAAAAGAUAAUGAUAUAAAACAAGUUGAUAUAAAUGAUCCAAAUUCAGUUAUAAAUGCAAUUACAAGAAUUAAAGAUAUUGGUACAAAAUUAUUAAAAGAAAAUAAAUUAACUCAUUCAUUUGAAAAAUAUCAAAAAGCAGUAAAUUAUAUUGAAGAUUAUUUCCCAGAAGAUUUAUCUCAAGAUAAAAUAUUAGAAAUCAAUAAAUUAAAAAUUUCAAGUUUAUUAAAUUUAUCAUUAGUUGCAUUAAAAUUAAAAGAAGGUAAAAAAGCAAUAAAAUCUGCAAAUGAUGCAUUACAUACUGAUUCAAUUGAUGAAAAAUCAAAAGUUAAAGCAUUAUAUAGAAAAGGUUCUGGUUACUUAUUAAUUAAAGAUGAAGAUAAUGCUCAAUUAAAUUUUCAAGAAGCCUUAAAAUUAGAACCAAAUGAUCCAAUGAUUAAAAAGGGAUUGGAAGAUGUUAAAGCUAGUAUAAAGAAAAGAAAAGAUCAACAAAAGAAAUCAAUGUCAAAAUUUUUUUCAAAAUAA